AUGCUGGAUUUCCUUUCAAAUUUCAAAACUCUAGAGCCUUAUCAACAGCAAAGCAGUUACGUGAAGUUUGCAUUGAACUAUUUGGGUGUUCAGAAGCAGAUUUAUAAUCAACAAGACAUGUACCUUUUGCUCAUCCCUGGUGCUAAUUGGGUGAUGAAAUUGGGAGAUAAAUUUCUAAUCAAGAAUGGGAGGCUAGUCUCCGUUGAUGUUCAACCUUUAUUGUCUUAUGCUCAGAGAUAUUGGAGUUCAGAAUUAUUAUCUGUUGGCAUGGAUGUCUUGCGCACACUCAACAAGCUUUCAAAUGGUAAAACCCUUUAUGAACUUUGGCAAAUACAGUCUUUAUUGCAAAUCUUUGAGGUGUCAAAGUUUCUUCUCAAUUCAAAUUGUUUUAGGCAUGCCGAGGAUAACUUGAGAUUACUAGAGAAAUAUAGCAGAAAGUCUAUUGACAAUUUAGGAUACUACAUAAUUCACCUUGACUGGAAGAAAUCUCUAGAAAGAGAAAUGGUUUAUCACAGAAUAACUAAACAUUGGCAGGAUAUCAUGAAAGAGCUCAUCUAUGAAAACACUAAACAAAAAGGUUCGAUCGGAGAUUGGAAGGAAUAUCGAAGAAAGACUGAGGAUGAUGAGACGGAAAGAUCUUGUUACGGACAUGACGGAUUAGCGACGAUGAUGAUGAUGGUGGAAUCAACUACGAAUCGAUGA